CUUCUCGUCGACAACGGGUGCUCUAUUCAACGACGAUAGAGCAGCAUUGAGCUUUCGUCCGAGGUCCGCUAAGACCAUGAUCGUGGAUCGUGUACAGAGUUAGCCGCCUGUGCAUUCCACUUUAACAUCUACCAUACACAACGUGGCCACCAUAUGCAUUUCGCUUGAACUUUGAUACUAAUCUCAUAAUAUAUCUAUGGCGCAUAGCGACUCUGAAGAAGAUGUCUUGGAUGAUCUUGACUUCGAUGCAGCCUCUGAAGGAGAUGACGACUUAGAGGACGAUAUUCUCGAUGCCCUUGAAGGCGACCUUGCAGCUGCUGCAGAGGAGGCAACUGAAGGGGAAGACGUGUGUCAAUCCUUUCUCUAGACUCGGAUACAGAUGAUUCUGACAAUGGUUCUGAAGACGAAGAUGCUGAGCCACUCGUGCCACCAUUAUCUCAGGUUGCAGACCCUUUGUCCGUGGCUCCGCCCUUGCCAUUGGGACCAAGUCACAGUCAAAGUAGACCGUCAUCUCCGAGACAACAGACACCUCCAGCCAAAGGUCUCCGACUCCUGUUCCCGCACAACGGGCCCUGUCACCUGCACAUGCACGUAUAGCCAGCAUUUUAGCGGAUCUUCGCGUCCCCAGGUCAUAUACUGUUGAAGCCAUCUGUGCCAUUCCUCAUCCCGUCCCCACCCAUUCUCUUGCGGCGUCGGUAUGUAUGUCCCAUCUCAUUACAGGCUCGGACGAUGGCUACAUCCGCGACUACGACAUCUUUGCUGGUGUUAACGGUAAAGUCUUCCUUACUGCACCUCAAAGGCAUCACUGUGGAGUUAUGGAAGGCCUUAUGAAAGCAGCUCAACUCAAAUGUUGGUGGGAGAAUCCAGUAGGCUUUACUGGACCAAACGGUUCCUCUGAGGAUGUCCCCCUUUGCGCACCAUACAGCUUGCUCAUGCAGUCUGACGCACUGUGGGCACUUUCAGGCUCAGACCAAGGAAACAUUAACCUGUACACCGUACGACAUGAGCCUGGCCGUUUAUGUCAUGUCAUGAAUGGGCAUCGUGGUCCGGUUUCUGCAAUGGCGAUGGAAUAUGACGAGAAAGGGUUCUAUAGCGCCGGCUGGGACAGUGAAGCCUAUUUAUGGGACUUGAAUACUGGUCAAGUGGUCCGGAAUUUUAAGUCUCACUCUUCGCAGCUUACAGCGAUCGCCGUGCGACCCAUGGUCGCCCCGGAAUUCCAUGGACAGCAGCAUUGGGUCGACCAGCAACAGCCAUUCUAUGAUGCCAACCCUCCUAAGCAUGAGGAAUUAUAUGCAUUUCCGCAGGGUCCCCAGACGCCAGUGGAACCCAAAGUUGAGCAAACCGACAGUACCGGCCAGGCGUCCUGGCCUCAGUCAAACGGUUCUCAUGUUCAGAAUCCUACCGUGCCUCCCGCAGAACCUCCCAAAGACGACGAGGCCAAGUCUGAAGCUUCUUUCGACCCUUUGUUCGAUGACGAACCUGAUGCUGACGGGGAAGGCGAGACUGAUCAUGGGUCUCAACCUCCUCCUCAGCCAACCUCUCAGCCCCAUGGUUAUCAGAACCAAAUGCCUUACACCCAACCACCACAGCAAAUGUUCCAGCCACCUAGAGGGGCUGCUGCCAGUGCGCCAAAGAAUGCACCGCCUAUACUUGAUCCUAUGUCUUAUGCUACGUACUCGCCUGACUUGCUGAUGGUUGCCUCCAUUGACGGGCAAAUUGUACUAUGGGAUAAGCGAGUUCAUACGCCUGGGCGUGGUGUUGGACGGCUUUGGAUGAGUGAGAAGACACCUCCGUGGUGUGUCUCUGCGUGUUGGUCCGCGGAUGGGGGCCAGAUAUACGCAGGGAGGCGAAAUGGAACGGUCGAUAUAUACGAUGUUCGACAACUAGGAGUUGCUGCUGCAGGUUUACCUCGAAUAUUGAAGACGCUUCGUAACCCGGUCAGCUCUGGUGUCGUAUCCUGUGUAGUCGCUUUCCCGGAUGGCCGUCAUCUUGCCUGCGCAUCGCAAGACAACAUACGACUAUGGAACGUUGCUGAAGCUGGGGAACCCGACGCAUCCGGUAAGAUGAAGAGCGGCGUACAGUUCAAGAUAAUCCCUGGCCAUCAUGGCGGAUUCAUCUCGCAGAUGUUGGUUGAUCGAGCAGCAAGGUUCUUGGUUAGUGCUAGCAGUAAUCGUGGCUGGUUUGGUGAAUCGACGAGGACUGUGUUCGUUCACGAGAUCAAACACAUCCACUGAUAGAUAUUAUCCCUUUUGUUAUGUAGUUUCUUUGUGUUGUAUUAUCUCAAGCAUAUAUAUCAUAGAAUUUUGAUAGCCUCCCCAGAUCACAGG